AUGUUUGUCAACAUUCUCAUUGCUCUUGCUCUGGUCGUUGCUGCAAACGCACACAGUAUUACUGUAAGAGGUGUAUUCGAAUGCGAUGACGACAAAAGACUCCCGGUGUUUGUUAAACUGAUGGAACGUGACAGCUUUCACGACGAUCUUUUGAAGUGGAAACAAGUAAGGGUCUAUGAUGAUUUUGAAAUCAAAGGAACGGAAGAUGAAGCGUUUGGUUUCACUCCUUACCUUGAAAUUAUGCACACAUGCCGUGAGGUCCCAGAAACUAUUAUCGUCAACUUUGGAACUCGAGUGGGUGACGUAGAGAUUGAUCUCGGCAACGUAUAUUUGGAUGAUACAAAAAUCAAGGAAAAGAUGUUUAAUCAGUUUAUCCUCUAG